AUGGUCCUCGACUUGCUCGCACCGCCCUCAACGCCGCCGCGCGACCGCAAGAGCGACACGUCCUCCCUCGCUCCCUCGACUCGCCCGCACCUCGUCCACCGCCUCUCGCCACGUCGGCGAGCUCUGCAAGAGCGCAGCCCAGCCGUGCAGGCGAACCUGCAGGUCGGCGCCAAGGGCGAGCCGACCCGGCCCCGUGUCGGCGUCCUCGAGUCGACCCGCUCGCUCGCGCGGCGGAGGUGGAGGACGGUCCUCCUCGUCGGCGUACUUCUCGUCGUGACGGCCUACCUGUCGAUCUACACGGUUCUGCGCUGGUCGGCGAGGCCGCCACUCGUCAUUGCAAAGCGGCCCUACACCCCGCAGCAGUACCGCCACCUCGACGACGUUCUCCCGACUAGCCUGCGCCCGUCGACUCGGGUCCUGCACGUCGCCAAGGAGUUCGGGCCCGCCACGAUGGGAGGACUCGGCGUCAUGCUCACGGCCCUCUCGGUCGCUCAAGCCGAGUCGUCGGACCUGUCGAUCGCGGUCGUCCUCCCUCAUUACUCGUACCUGCGCGACCUGUACUCGCCCGGGCAAGUCGUCCCGUUCGCCAACCUGUCCGUGCCGUUCAUGGCCAACCCGUCGACCGGGCGCGUCCGCCACGUCGCCUGCGCCGUGUCGCUCCUCCAGUGGCAGUACACGCCCUCACUCGACUUUCUCGACGCGCCGGUCGAAGCGCGACAGCCUCGGCCGCGCUCGAUCGACGUCUACCUCGUCGGGCCCGGCGUCGAGCGCCCCUUCUCGGCGGCGUUCCGAGCCAAGGACGCCGGCGACAUCUACUCGGCGUACAAGCCCCUCAAGCAGGAGUGGAAGGACCUGUACUUUGCGCGAGCCGCGGCCGAGCUCGUGCGGCACCUCGGCGUCGACAACCCGACCGUCGGCUUUGCCGACCCCGAGGUCGACGACGUGGAUGGCCCUCGAGCCGCCUCAUGGUCAACCACGGCGCGCUCGCCUGUCGACGUCGUUCACUUACAUGGUGCGACGAACGCCAUGGUCGCGUACUACUUGCGCGACGGCGACACACUCGACCACGCCGCCGAGUCGACCUCGAGCCGAGCAGCUCCCGCCGUCGUCUACACCCUGCACGACUCGCUCGACGAGGUCGAGUACUCGAACUUGGCGUCGAACGUCGAGCACUUUGUCGCGCCGGCCGAGCGCAGGCAGGACGCCCUCGCCCCGUUGCGCCCGUACCUGUACCGCGACGGCACGCAGCUGUUCACCUCGGCGCUCGGCAUCGACCUCGCCGACAUUGCGACGUUCGUCUCGCGCUCGAUCGCGGCCGACAUCGUCGAGGGCAAGUUCCGGUUCCACCUCGAGGACCUCGUCAUGCCGUCCAUCUCGUCGCGAGCGGCGCGAGGCGAGUUCGUCGGCGUCACGAACGGCCUCGACUUUACAGAGCGCUCGAGGAACCCGUUCACGAACGACAAGCUCGUCGCGCAUGGCCUCGCGUUCCCGCACGUCGGCGUCGACGUCCUCGACCCGGCAACUUUCGGCGCCUCGUUCGCCUCAGCCAAGGCUCGCGCCCGCGCUCUCGUCGUUCAGCGGCUCCCGCACCUGUUCUCGCCCGACGACGUCGACCGACCGUGGUUCCUCUUCAUCGGGCGGUACCAGUACAACAAAGGGUGCCAGCUCUUCUCGUCGCUCGUCGACCUCCUGUCGGCGCCCUCGGUCGACGGUCGCCUCGUCCUCCUCGGCGCGCGCAACAACUACCCGUUCGACGAACUCGCACGCCUCGCCAAGCGCUACCCUCGCCACGUCACCCUCGUCGACGACCGCACCCCGACGACCUCGGCGGUCCAGGCCGAGUGGGGCGCGCACCUGCGCCUCGCGAGCGACGUCGCGUUCGUCCCGAGCCUGAGCGAGGCGUUCGGCCUCGUCGCCGCCGAGGCGCUCCUGUUUGGCAUGCCCGUUCUCAGCACCGGCGUCGGCGGCCUGCGCGAGUUUCUCGUCCCGGCGCCCAAGCCGUCCGCCAACUCGUACCUGUUCGACCUGUUCCCGCACCGCCGUCGCGACGCCUUAUCGUGGUCAUUGCCGUCGACUGCGCAGGGCGCCGAGGAGGACUACUCGCAGGCGGCGCACGACGUGCGGCCCGACGAGGCGCAGCUCGCGCCAGCGAGGCUCGAGCUCCGACGAGCGGCCGAGCAGGCGCUGCGGGACUGGCGAGCUCGGCGAGACGGUCCUGUCGACGCUCAAGAGCGGUUCGUGCGCCGCCUCGUCGCCAAUGCGCUCGCGCUGUCGUGGCAUCGCGAGGGAGGACCCGUCGAGGAGUACAAGCAGGUCUACUCGCAUGCGCUCGCACUGCGGCAUCGUUGUCGCCGCGUUCCGCUCGCCGAUCCGCCGUCGCCCUCUCCCGACCCGCGACACGCACCUCCUCCUUCCUCGCGUCCCGCCCGAUCAGGGCCCGUCAUGCCCUCGAGCUCAUAGUGCAAGCGUGCGACAAGCCCUCACUGGGCCUCUCGUCGCCGAUUUACCUCGCCUCGGU